GGCAGUUUAAUCUAGGGGAAGGCUGGGAGAAACUGGCAGCGACGCCUCCGAGGCGCGGAGGAUUGUGGGAGGAGGUCGUCUCCGAUUUCCCCUCCCCCUCCCCCUCCCGGCCAAGAUGUCUGACAUGGAGGAUGAUUUCAUGUGCGAUGAUGAGGAGGACUACGACCUGGAAUACUCUGAAGACAGUAAUUCUGAGCCAAAUGUGGAUUUGGAAAAUCAGUACUACAAUUCCAAAGCGCUAAAAGAAGAUGACCCAAAAGCAGCUUUAAGCAGCUUCCAAAAGGUUUUGGAACUUGAAGGUGAAAAAGGAGAAUGGGGAUUUAAAGCACUGAAACAAAUGAUUAAAAUUAAUUUCAAGUUGACAAACUUUCCAGAAAUGAUGAAUAGGUAUAAACAACUUUUGACCUAUAUUCGGAGUGCAGUCACGAGAAAUUAUUCUGAAAAAUCCAUUAAUUCUAUUCUUGAUUAUAUCUCCACUUCUAAACAGAAUUCUGAUUUUUUAUGUCAGAUGGAUUUACUGCAGGAAUUCUAUGAAACAACACUGGAAGCUUUGAAAGAUGCUAAGAAUGACAGGCUGUGGUUUAAGACAAACACAAAGCUUGGAAAAUUAUAUUUAGAACGAGAGGAAUAUGGAAAGCUUCAAAAAAUUUUACGCCAGUUACAUCAGUCCUGCCAGACUGAUGAUGGAGAAGAUGACCUGAAAAAAGGUACACAGUUACUAGAAAUAUAUGCCUUGGAAAUUCAAAUGUACACAGCACAGAAAAAUAACAAAAAACUGAAAGCGCUCUAUGAGCAAUCGCUUCACAUCAAGUCCGCCAUCCCGCACCCGCUGAUCAUGGGCGUCAUCAGAGAAUGUGGUGGUAAGAUGCACUUGAGAGAAGGUGAAUUUGAAAAGGCACACACAGAUUUUUUUGAAGCCUUCAAGAAUUAUGAUGAAUCAGGAAGUCCAAGACGAACUACUUGUUUAAAAUACUUGGUCUUAGCAAACAUGCUAAUGAAAUCGGGGAUCAAUCCAUUUGACUCACAGGAGGCUAAGCCGUACAAAAAUGAUCCAGAAAUUCUAGCAAUGACAAAUUUAGUAAGUGCCUAUCAGAAUAAUGACAUCACUGAAUUCGAAAAGAUUCUGAAAACAAAUCACAGCAACAUCAUGGAUGAUCCUUUCAUAAGAGAACACAUUGAAGAGCUUUUACGAAACAUCAGAACACAAGUGCUCAUAAAGCUAAUUAAGCCUUACACAAGAAUACAUAUUCCUUUUAUUUCUAAGGAGUUAAAUAUAGAUGUAGCUGAUGUGGAAAGCUUGCUGGUGCAGUGCAUAUUGGAUAACACUAUCCACGGCCGAAUUGAUCAAGUCAACCAGCUCCUGGAAUUGGACCAUCAGAAGAGGGGCGGUGCACGGUAUUCUGCACUAGAUAAGUGGACCAACCAGCUGAACUCUCUCAACCAGGCUGUCGUCAGCAAGCUGGCCUGAGGAGACCAAGCUCCUGCAGACCUGCUUACGUGCAGAGACGCAACCCUUAGAGAACUGGGGUGGCAAAACGACUGUCGGUUGAUGUGUCCUGAAAAUGACUGGAGUUACGGCAGAAGUGCUAUUUGAUCAACUGGUUUGUGUUUUGCUGCUGCAUUUAUCCCAAGAAAAACAGCUUUAAUCUCCAGAAGAAAACCAAAAUACCACGGGAUUUAUGCUGUAUCAACAUCUUGCCCUAAACAUACAACAUCAUAGUAAUUUGUCAUGGGCAACAUGACCGGAGAGAAGAUUUUGUCAUGAUUUUAAAUAUACUGACACGCUACUGUUGGUUAAAUUUAAACAUGUUUUACCUGCAGAAAUCCUCUCACAAAUAACCUGCAAUAACUUGAAAUGCAUACCCUUUUGAACACUUCCUUUUCUCAUGUAUAAAUGAAAAUGUUUGCUGCAUUUUGCAAAAUGUCAAUUCUCCAGAAAUGUGUCCAUAUAUUUCUGUACCUGCAGUGUAGUAAAGGUUUAGAUGAAACCCCGUAACUAUAGUGGCAUACUGUCACUUAGGUUUCAAGCAGCAAAAUAAACAGUGCAGCUCAGAAAUUGUAGUUUGGUUCUUGAUGUGUUUUUAUUACAUUUGGGGUUGUUUUGUUUUUUAGUAUCUUAGAAAUUUCAAAUUACUUUAUCUUCAGUUAAUGAUUAAAAAACUUGUAAGCAAAUAAGUUAUUUGUUUUCAGGAUUUUUAAAGUAGUCUUUAUUGAUAAGGAGAACUGCUUUCUAACAAAACACUUACCUUUGACAGUGAUGCUUUAAAGGAAUAAAAUUCUUUUUUUAAGAAUGGCAUUCCUUUUAAAAAGAAUAGUUUCAAUCUCAGAAUGUCACUUUAAACAAAUAUGCCAGAACGUAGACAGCUAAAUGAAUGUUACCCUGCGUAGCGAUCGUGCUGGAAGGUUGUUUCAGUGCCAGCAAUCUACCAUUGCCCAAAACCUCCUGGGUUUGCUCUCAGAGAAUUGCAUUCAAGAUUAAUUUAAGAAACACAUACUUGUAACUUUUUGAUUAUACCUUGUUUUCUAAAAACAGCAUUGCCACAUUUGCUUUUAGUUACCAUCAUUUGGCGCCAGGUGACAGUUUCCAAAAAUUAAUUUUGAGGCAGUGCAGGAAAUGUGUACCUGGCUUUGAGGGCAGCCCAGCAAGAGUCUGCAAGGCGGUGUGUGCAGUGGUGGAGCGGCUGAGCGCAAGCUGCGGCCUUCCAAGGUGCCUGCCUCCAAGGGCUCAGCUCCUCUGACUGGACUGAGUUUCGGACGUAUUUCAUUUUGGAACAAAUUCACAGUAUUUUGUAGUGUCAAAGGUGAGAACUAAGGUUAGCAUAAUUUCUUUGGUUUUUCUAUUGCUUGUUAUGCAAAAAGUCAGUGGCGGUUCAGAAGGAAGACUGUUGCACCUGGAGAGUGACAACCAAGAAUUUUUGAUCAUUAAAACAGAUUUUAUAAACAGUGGAUGGAGCAUGGACUUAAAACAAGGCAUGCUUAUUCGGUUUUGUCAAAAUUUUACAAAAAUAUGAUAUAUAUUUAUACUAAAACUAUAUAAUCCUUAGAUUUAGGAAAGCAAUCAGUUAAUGUCUUUAGCAGAUUUAAGCAGUAUUAAAUACAGGUAUAAGUUGGAAAUUGUAGACAACUGAAACAACAAAAGACAAAAUGUCUGUGGUAGGGAAUAAAAAGUUCAAGAUAUUAUAAAAUUUA